ACCGCCCCCUCCACGGCCCGAGCGCCCGCUCGCGCGGCUCCCACAAUGCACCGCACAAUGGCCCGACCGCCGCCACUACCGGGGCCUGAACGGGCCUGGCGGAGCCCGAGCGCGGCCCGGCCCGCAGCGCGGGGCCCCGAGCGCGGUGAAGAGAUUGUUUUCUGAAGGCUGCGUUGGAGGCCGUGACAGAGCAGAGAGCCCGUGUGGAGCUGAUGGGGAGGCUUUCUGAAUAACAUGGCCCUUCGCCAUUAGUCUUGCCAUGACCACAUUUUUCACCAGCGUCCCCCCCUGGAUUCAAGAUGCAAAGCAGGAGGAGGAAGUGGGCUGGAAACUAGUUCCCAGGCCUCGGGGCCGGGAGGCGGAGAGUCAAGUGAAGUGCCAAUGUGAAAUCUCGGGGACGCCCUUCUCAAAUGGGGAGAAGCUGAGGCCUCACAGCCUCCCUCAUCCAGAGCAGAGACCGUAUAGCUGCCCUCAGCUGCACUGUGGCAAGGCUUUUGCCUCCAAGUACAAGCUAUAUAGGCACAUGGCCACCCACUCAGCCCAGAAACCCCACCAGUGUAUGUACUGUGAUAAGAUGUUUCACCGCAAGGACCAUCUGCGGAACCACCUGCAGACCCAUGACCCCAACAAAGAGGCCCUUCACUGUUCUGAGUGCGGUAAGAAUUACAAUACGAAGCUAGGCUACCGGCGCCACCUGGCUAUGCAUGCCGCCAGCAGCGGUGACCUCAGCUGUAAGGUGUGCCUGCAGACCUUUGAGAGUACCCAGGCCCUGCUAGAGCACCUGAAGGCCCACUCACGCCGAGUAGCAGGUGGUGCCAAGGAGAAGAAGCACCCCUGUGACCACUGCGACCGGCGGUUCUACACUCGCAAGGAUGUGCGGCGGCACCUCGUGGUGCACACAGGCCGGAAGGACUUCCUAUGCCAGUACUGUGCCCAGCGGUUUGGCCGCAAGGACCACCUGACGCGUCAUGUCAAGAAGAGCCACUCGCAGGAGCUGCUCAAAAUCAAGACAGAGCCAGUGGACAUGUUAGGCCUACUCAGCUGCAGCUCCACAGUCAGUGUGAAGGAAGAGCUGAGCCCUGUGCUGUGCAUGGCCUCUCGGGACGUGAUGGGGGCCAAGGCCUUCCCUGGCAUGUUGCCCAUGGGCAUGUAUGGCGCCCACAUCCCUACCAUGCCCAGCACGGGCAUGCCACACUCCCUGGUGCACAACACGCUGCCCAUGGGUAUGAGCUACCCUCUGGAAUCCUCACCUAUCUCUUCCCCAGCUCAGCUUCCUCCAAAAUACCAGCUUGGAUCUACCUCAUACUUGCCUGACAAAUUGCCCAAAGUGGAGGUGGAUAGUUUUCUGGCGGAGCUUCCUGGAAGCCUGUCUCUCUCGUCCGCUGAACCCCAGCCCGCCUCACCUCAGCCGGCGGCAGCUGCGGCCCUCCUAGAUGAAGCACUGCUCACCAAGAGCCCCGCCAACCUCUCCGAGGCCCUCUGCGCUGCUAAUGUGGACUUCUCCCACUUACUGGGCUUUCUUCCACUCAACCUCCCCCCGUGUAACCCGCCUGGGGCCACAGGAGGCCUGGUCAUGGGCUACUCCCAGGCCGAGGCGCAGCCCUUGCUCACCACUUUGCAAGCUCAGCCUCAAGAUUCCCCAGGAGCUGGGGGACCACUGAACUUUGGACCUCUGCACUCCUUGCCUCCUGUCUUCACCUCUGGCCUGAGCACCACCACCCUGCCUCGUUUCCACCAGGCAUUCCAGUAGCCCCCAAGGAGGCCCUCAGUCCAGUCUUAGGCUCUGUCAGGGAGCCUCUGUACCCACCCUAUCUGCAUCCCCCAUGAAGGCAGCUGAGCUUUCAGAGCUGGGUUCAAAAAGAAAAAAUUCCAGUAUCUGUAUGGAGCACUUGGUUUGGGGGUUCAGGCUCCAGGAUCAGUUCCAGGAGGAGCCCUGAGCCCCAGCCUCAUGAAAAGAUCUCAUACCAUAGAACUUCAGGUAUUUUUACUUUUACUUUUUUGAUCUGAAUCGGGAGCCACACUUAGCUAACCUCUCCCCCUCCAAAGCGUCAGAACCUCCUUCUCUUUGGAGAAGGAGGCGGUCUCUUGGAGAGACAGAGGGGUUUCACUUUGGAUGACCUUGAGAGAAAUAGCCCAAGAAGCCUGCCUCCUGGUCCCAACCUGCAGACCCCACAGCAGUUGGUCAGGCCCUGCUGCAGAGAGAGGGUCACUUGGCUCCAUCGCCUGCUUCCAGCCAGUGGGCAGGAGAGAGGGCCUCUUCUUCCCGCCAUCCCCGUCCCUCCUAUACCGACACCUCCAUUUCCAGUCAGUGUUGUCCAGCAGCGGUACCGUUUACACAGUCGUCUCAGACACCCCAUUCACCUCCCUUGCCAAGCUGUUAGCCUUAGAGUGAUUGCAGUGAACAUUGUUUACACGCCGUGAAUCCAUUCCCACCAGUCCAUUCCAGUUGGCACCAGCCGGAACCAUUUGGUACCUGGUGUUAACUGGAGCCCUGUUUACAAGGCGGAGUCGGGUCUUGCUGACUUCUCUUCACUUGAGGUCACAUUUUUCCCCUGUGGGGAAAUAAACUGACUUUGGACUGCUUCAGUCUCUGCCAUCUUCCAUGACUGUGUCUGU